CCAUGCCUGCUUACAAAGGUGCGGCAUCGCAGCAGUAGAAUGCCGCCUUACUGGGGUAGACCACCAUCCCCACCAACUCCCGAUGCGCUACGGGCCGUCGACGCGAGCCCACCGUCUUGAAGCCUCGCGCGGCCCGGACGCUGUGUGGGCUUACCGUGGGGCCUCAGUUACGCACUGGCACUACGAACGAGCGCACUUGUUGCUGGUUGUUGCCUGCUCUGCUUUGGACGGCAGCCACGACGAAGUUUCUUUCGCAUGCACCUUUGUCGCACCUCUGUGCCCGGAGCCGCGCGCGUCUUCGAGAUUUCUGGUGUGUAUGUGCGCGUGUUCGUGUGUGUGAUUAUCUCAAACACAGCCACACACACACGCGCGUGCAGGGGUGUUCGUGUUUGUCGUGUUUGUGCACCGUGCCGUGGAGGAGACCCGUUAGCCUCCCCCCCCCCCCCCGUGUGUGGUGUUGGUGCCCUCUCUAGAGAAUCUUGCGCGUCUUCUUCUGCCGACCGCGAAUCCGUUAUGUUCUCCGGCUAAGUGUCCUCGUCGGACGCGGUUUGGAACGGUGCCGAUCAUCUUACAACACAAUACAGUUUGAGCGAGUGAGAGAGAGAGUGAGAGAGAGAGAGAGCGAGAAGCGUCCAAUAAUGACCAUUAAGCCUUUUUGGUGUUAAGUACCUUCUUUUUGACACAGAAGGCAAAUCCAAAUACCUUUCCAAUUGUUUGUUUAGUAAACGCGCGCGCGCGCGUAUGUGUGUGUAUAUGGAGAUGAAUUCAGGUGUAUGCGUGGUUCGUAAAUAUCUCGUGCCCGAUUGUUGAAGAUCCCGUGCAUCCAAGACCUCAAGAAGUAGCGGCACCUGCACAGUAGGAUCUCACGAUCAUCCCCGGGAUCGCGUCUGCGCACUGCCAGGUUCAAUAGAACAAGUUCAAUGCACGUGAAGUCACGAACCGCUAACGAAGCAGCAGCAUCUUGUGGACAUCUAUCGCACCUGAUGUGUGGGUUCUGUUGGUGGUGAAAAAAUCGUCCGGAACCCGGAAGUGGCUGGUGAUUGUCCUACACUGCAAUCAACUCCAUCACACAGAUCAGCCGCACACCACAUUCAACCGACGCAGUUCCCAAGAAGUGUGAGGAUCUUUUCGGAAAAUCCGGACAUUGGAGUCGGUGGUUGCCUCCGGUUGGUGUUCCUGCAGUUCCAGCGUUCAGCACUUGGACUUGAUCAUUUCCCAGGCCAGUUUCGGCCGGAGAUCAGAAGAGAUCAACAAAGGAAAGAGAACACCACAGCACAGGAGGAAAACCGCUGGAUAAGUUGCGUCAGCAAUGACAUAUGUUCAUCAGGCAGUUCCUCAGUGGCAGACGAUCAUCCGUACCUCACGGUUCAAGACACUACCGACAAGCACCAGACAACGGUAGUUCAGGUUCAAGACACUCACCAGCGUUAGCAGUAAGCAAAGCAGUAAAGCUCAAUACAGGCUCUGUACAGCAAACCAGUAGUAGUUCAGGAUGGGGAACUCCGGAAGUAUGAACGGGUUGUCGGGAUACGAGGAAGGUUACCAUCAUCAUCCGGGCUACCAUCAUCAUCACCAGCGCUACCAUGAUGCGAUGCGUGGUGAGCCUGGUAGUGGGAUGUCCUCCUCCUGGAUGGAUUCCUACCAGCGGGAUCAUCACCGAAGAGGCGCAGGACCACGGGACCAUGACCAACAGCAACAGAUCAAGGUACUGCCGGAUAUUCCGGGCAAGGUAGCGAAGUUGCGGUCUACCAACAAUGGUAGUAUUCUGCACGCGGGAGGCACUAUCAGCAAGAAUAACCAGGCGCUCCAGCGCUCGAAAAGCAUCUCCUCGCCAACGUACCAACAGCAUCAUCAGCAACAGCAGCAACCGGCCAGCUUCAGCGAGUGUGACGAAGAUCUGGAGCUUAGCUCAUUGCAGCCACGCAUGCUGAUGCAGCGCUCACGCACCCAACUAAACUUGAUGCCACCGGGCGGUGUGUCCGGUGGUGGACGGACACGCAACGGACACUCGUACGCUCACGACGAAGAUGGACGGGCAGGCCCACCGGACAGAGGCGGCCGACAGGCGGCAACACGCUACGGUGAACCAAGCGGUGCCGGCAACGUGGCCGAAUCACUUAACCACCGGAAACGGUUUGGUUCCGAGCCGGACCUGCGUCUGUCGCUGCUGCCACGCAACGGACAGCAAUCGGAACAAGCGAGCGGCGGACCACGCAAUCCCAAGAUGGCGCAGUCGAAAAUAAUGAAAGGCAAGAAUAAAAAGAAGGCACCGGUGCCACCUGUUAUGGAGAAGCGCGAUGCCAACAAGGACACGGAACGGCAACGCAUCAUCGCCUACUCACCGAUGCGCAAACCGGGCUCGGAUGCAAACACAUCCACGCUACCGUCAUCCAGCGAUGGUAGCUUCAACGUAGCGGCCACACGCAAACUGCGCCUGUUCAAGACCCGUGCCGAGACGAAGAAAACGCCCACGAUCGCGAAGCUGCCGGAAGCGUCGGAUGCCAAAUUUCCCGGCAAGCAUGGCCCAUCGACCGGUGGCGGCUUUCUGCGUUCGGCCGUCCCAUUACAACCGACCGGAUCGGCACCGCACACCAUUCUCGGGCAUUCGGCGCACCGUAACGAUUCCGCGUCACCGGACGAUGAGAAGCUAGCGACCGCGCUGGACCACAUUUCACCCCGGCCGAAUCCGACGUCGUUCUUUCGGCGCGAGAAAACGUUCGAUGCCGGGUUGCUUGGGUUGGAACGGCAGCGCGAAAUUGAACCGCGUCCGGCCACGAAACCUACCAUGUCGCCACCACUAUCCCGUCGUAAAUCGAUCGUCAAAAGCUUCCUCGAGCAGGAUACGCCUGUUAAACCGACGACGACGACGACGACGGUUGGAUCGAACCGGAUGGAUUCGAAAAGCCGGCAGCAGGUCGGUACACCGGCGGAAAGCUACCAGCGGAAGCUGGCACUCGCCGAAGCACAGCGCAAACAGUCAUCGGCGGCGACAAGUGCGGCCGCCAUUACCGACUUCCAGAAGGAGCUACAGCUGGCAACGCGAAGAAAGACAGGCAACACGGACACACCCGCUUCACCGACCGUUAACCGGGCCGGAGCUGGCCAAACGAAACCGACACGAGCUGGUGUGGGAACGGAACGGACUAGUGCUCGUUUCUCGCUGCUUCCUACCGGUGGUGGUAAACCGAAGCAAACGGGGUCCUCGAACGCGCUGGUAAUCAACGUUGAACCGGCGAAAGAAUCAGACCAUAGUGCCGGCACGAAAUCGGACCCCAAGCAGCAGGAUGCACGGGAUUCGCCCCCUCCACCAACACCUCCUCCACCACCGCCUCCACCGAAGACGAGCUUCUACUUUGGCAUGCGGGGAGAUGAUCGCCAGCUACCAUCGGCAGACGCACCGCGACGAUUUUCCACCACCAAGCGUACCGCACCUGCAGCAGCCGAGUCGCGCACCGAGGACAGUGGCAGCGAACGGCAGGACAUUGACGGGCAAUCGGUAGAGGAGAUCGGUCACACGCAGAUGGAGCUGAUCGAUCAGUUUGCGGCCAGCUUGCUGAACAGCAGCCGGUUCCGGUCGUCCGACUCGGUUGCCUCGUCCGAGGCGGACGUCCGGACGGGCCCGGUUAGCUCGUGGGACGAACCGGACGGUCCCGGGCAGCAGGAGAUAGCGCUAAAGCUACGCCCAACACUGCCACGCAAACAGUUCGACAUACCACGGUUCAGUCCGGCCGCUGCCUGGCGCCUGCUCACGACGGAGGAUGAAUUUUGUCGGGACGCACCGAUCGAUGUGGUGGGUGGGACAGGCGUCGGUGGUGAGAAGAAAUCCUUCCUGCGAGGGCUCGAUCAGGACGUGCUGGACGCUGUGCCGGAGGAUCGCAUCCAGCGGGUGUACCGGGAACCGGUCCCGGGUCUGCAGGAUAACAAGAGCGGCGACAGUGGGAUUUCGGGCGAUGCGGGCAUUUUGGCGGACAUCGGACCGGACGCACUGAUGGCUUCGUCCGGGAAGGAGGAACGGGCGGGCGAUACAACGCCGGAAAGUGGAACGCAGCUGCAUAAGGGUGGUGGGGGGGCUGGUGGCACGGGAGUUAACGGUGGCUGGUCAUCGAACGCACUGCUGCUGAUGCCGUGGACACCGCAGCAGGAUCUAGACGAUGACGAGGAUGAGGACGACGAGGACGAGGAGGAGGACCAUGAGGAUGACGCAACCACGGGCAGCGGAAGUGAACCACGGCGCCAUUUGCUCGACGACCGUGUCGGUUCGCGGGUGAACGGCGAUACGCGACCGGACUUUUCCAGCAAAGGACACCUAUUUAGCUUAUCGUUACCGAGGGAGAACCAUCUGUCGAUCUACAACGUGGAAGCGACGGAUGAAAAGGUAGAGAAACAUGUGUUCAACAGUUUGCAAAAGUUUCGUAAAUCUGUGUCCGGUGCGUUCAAAACCGAGGACAGUGGUGGGCAGAUGGAUUCCAACGAUAGUAAUUGGUUCCUGGGACGGUUGGACACGAAGCUGAGCGGUACGGGUACGGGACCCGGCAGUGGGUCGGAAAAGCGUUCCAAGCUGAUGCUGCUACCGGAUGGGCGAGAGCGUGAAGGGACGGAUACGACCGGUACGGCCGUUUCGAUUGGAGCGAUCGCUCAGAGCAAGCACAGCUCAAUCGGAUAUCUGGUGAGCGGGAAGCAUAUGAUGUACCUGCCCAAAGAACCGACCAAGCUACACUCGCACACCGCCGACAAGAGCUCCAAGCAGGAUGAGAACAAUAAUCGCAAAAGCUACCACAACCAGAACGGUAGUGAGCGGCAGGACAAAUCGGCAGUACCGGCGUCGGAAGUCUCAGCAGCCCUGCAGCGUGAUCCAACGCACCGGUCAGCGAACGGUGACAAGGAAAAUCUACAGGAUCCGGUACCGGUUGCAGCUGCUGGCGUCACACACACCGCCAAUGGGGAGUUUGAGAACUUCCCGGUGAAGCUUACGAACCGCCGGAACCAUCGGUUCACGUUCCAGAGCACGAUCCGCCAGAUCGAGAAGCGCCGGGUGGCGGAAAAGUUGUCCCGCGAGGCAGAAAUUAAGGAAGCGAUGCGGUUAAGCGAGCUGGAAGCGAUGCGCCGCGUCGAGGAAGAGUUCCAGAAGAAGCGGGCCCGCGAGAAGGCGUCGAUCCGGCACCAGUUGCGGCUGUUUUCGAUGGAAAAUCAUCCGGAUCAGCAUCAGGCAUCGAACGAGGGUGAUGUCGAGCAGCAGGACUCGACGGGCGAAACAAAACGAUCCGAUCCGGACGGGGACAGUUUGCCACACCAGAGUGCACUGGGCCGGAGCGGGCUUUAUCGGAAGAAAGAAUUCACCGGGCGCGGCAGCAUGGAACGGCAGUAUAAACGCCCGAACGGUGUUGCUGCCACCGGUACGAACCACGCCAGUGCGCCAACCGGUGAUGAUGAUAUGGAGCUGGAGGACGAGAUGGAGAUGGAAAAGGUGACCGGUCGUGGUGGACGGCGCCGGUACGGGGAUGAGGACGAUGACGAUGACGAUGAUGGUGAGAGCAGCAGCCUCGGUUACGUGGACACCCGUACACCGUACAUCUCGCGCAUCAUCCAGGCAAAGAGUAGCAAAUCGUACGCCAUGAAGAAGUAGGGGUCGAGCUGACUAGAGAGAGAGAGAGAGAGAGAGUCCACCCAUCAGGAAAUCCACAAUUUGCCAUCUAGUCAAACAGUCAUUGAUUCGCAAGUGUCGCCGAGAGCCUUACCUCAUAGUUCAGCCGGCCACCGCACCGAAGAAAUGGAAUGCUGCUGCCCGUCUUCUUUUUUUUGCAAUAAGUCUCCGUUACAUCCCGUGGCCAGUACACACAUGAGAUAUACUGCCUUGAAGCCGAGUUGCCUGUCGACUGCAGCCUUGCCAUCCGUGCGCCGUAUGGUACGGAGAAACAUAGCUAUCUAAGUCCUCGUCAUCCAUCCAACACUUCUUUAAACUCGUUCUUUUAGUUCGUUUAGUUUAACUUUGUACGCAUACGUUUUGUCAGCAGCGUAUCAGACGAUGUCAGGACUUUUAGGGAACGUUUGAAGACAGCCGAGACGUGUAACACCAACUUGCGCAACGAUCACUCGGUGUACGUUAUUUAGUUUCUAGGAUUCCUACCCUCCCGCGGAACCAUUAUUAAUCCAUAUUUCGUUCGUCCAAUAAAAUGCUCCCAAGUUUCGUUAUAUAAUGUA